AUGACGCUAGUGGGCCCGAUGGAAUGGCGGAGCGGUGGGGCUCCUCGCGUUGUCCAAAGGACUGUCUCCGAAAUAGACACAUUUAAGGCGUGGCAGCUUUUUCUGCGAGCCUGUGCUACCGCUGUGGGCUCCUGA